CAAGACAACUUUGGACACCAACAUCAGAUGUACAGAGACAGGACGUCACUGAUCAAGGACCAGAUCUCCAGAGGAAACGCCUCACUGCAGCUGACAGGAGUGAAGGUUCAGGAUGAAGGAAGAUAUCAGUGUUUCAUCAGCACCAUCAACAGAAACAAGGAGUCAAUUAUCAACCUAAAAGUUUAUGCUCCAGUCCAUGAUGUCAACAUCCAGCAGGUAGAAAACAGGAUGACCUGCAGCUCAGAGGGGAUCUACCCUCAACCUGAGCUCACCUGGUCCACCACACCUCCAUCCAACAUCAACCUCCACAACACAACCACAGUCCAGCAGAAUGAAGAGCAGCUUUACAGCAUCAGUAGUUCUCUGAUCCUCUCACACAGUCGUACUCAUCUGGUCUACAGCUGCACCGUCAGCACUCCAACAAACAGGAGGAGAGCUGCUUGGAGGAAACUCACUCCUAUCAGUGGAUCAACAAGUGAAACAAUCAUCACCUGCGCUGCCUCCAACUUUUCCUUCUCUCACCUGCUUUGGAGAUUCAACCACAGUCAGAUGAUGGUGAAGCAGAGCAGGACUGAUGGCAGCUCCACAGUCUCAGAGGAGUGGAGGCAGCAGGUGAAGGAUGUGUCAGAGUCAGGAGACAUCACACUGCAGGACUUAUCUUCAGAGCAGGAGGGAAUCUACACCUGUCAACUCAGUAAUGCUGAGGAGACGCUGAUAAGUGACAUCUCUGUGAAGAUCAGUGGAGGUAAAACAGCAAAAGUUCCUCUGAUUAUCGGGAAGAUGUGUUUGACCUGCAAACAUCAAAGAUCACAAAACUCCCUCAUGAAGCUUCCAGAGACAGAAAAUUAA